GCAGAUCACAGGUGUGGGUCUGCGAUACCUCACAGAGGCACAGCUAGAGAAGAUGGGUGUGAGUCCAAUGGGGAUACGGCUUCAGAUUCUGCACUCUUUGAAGAAGCUGUGGUGGAUUUCACCAGAAACCAUGAAGGUCUUCAAUGACCCCAUCCACGGCCACAUUGAAAUGCACCCCCUGCUGGUUCGCAUCAUCGACACGCCCCAGUUCCAGAGACUGCGCAACAUCAAGCAGCUGGGAGCAGUCUACUUUGUGUUCCCGGGGGCUUCUCACAACCGCUUCGAGCACUCUAUCGGGGUAGGCUACUUGGCGGGACAACUGGUCCAGGUCCUGAGUGAACAACAGCCAGAGCUGCUCAUCAGCAGCAGAGACAUCCUGUGCGUCCAGAUUGCAGGGUUAUGCCAUGACCUGGGUCAUGGCCCUUUCUCUCACAUGUUUGAUUCAAUGUUUAUCCCAAAAGUGCGCCCAGACAUAGAAUGGAAGCAUGAGAAGGCCUCUGUGCAGAUGUUUGAUCACCUGGUCCAGGUGAAUAAUUUGGAGCCAGUGAUGGAGCAGUAUGGCCUAGUUCUGCCGGAGGAUCUGGUGUUCAUCAAAGAGCAGAUCGCUGGCCCCCUGGAACCCAAUAUCCCACUCAGCCAGGACCAGACCCCAUGGCCAUACAAUGGCAGGCCAGAAGAAAAGCGAUUUCUGUAUGAGAUCGUGGCAAACAAGAGAAAUGGCAUUGAUGUGGACAAGUGGGAUUAUUUUGCCAGGGACUGUUACCACCUGGGUAUCCAGAACAACUUCGACUACCAGCGCUCCCUGAAGUUUGCACGUGUGUGUGAGGUGGAAGGGAAGAGGCAGAUCUGCACCAGGGAUAAGGAAGUAGGGAACUUGUACAACAUGUUCCACACACGAACCUGCCUCCAUCGCAAUGCUUAUCAGCACAAAACUGGAAAUAUCAUUGAGACGAUGAUAACAGAGGCUUUGGAAAAGGCUGACAGAUAUGUACAGAUUGAAGGCUCAGAAGGGAGGGUGUUCUCCAUCUCCUCUGCUAUAGAUGACAUGGAGGCCUACACCAAACUCACUGACCACAUCUUUGAGCAUGUACUGUACUCCACCUCCCCUGAGCUGGCUGAAUCACGGACAAUCCUCCGCAACAUUGUCUGCCGCAAGCUCUACAAAUGCUUAGGCCAGACACACCCCAAGGAACGCAUUGAGAAAACACAGGUGAGCGAGACUGACCAAACACCUGUUAGUGUCGCUGAGGCUCGCCCACAGAAUGGUCCGGAUGUGUUUCUGGAGGCGGAGGAUUUCAUUGUCAGCAUCAUCGACAUGGACUACGGGAUGAAGGGGAAGAACCCCAUAAAUAACAUGCGUUUUUACUCUAAGCAAAACCCCACAAAAGCCUUCAAAAUUCGUAAAGACCAGGUUUCUCAGCUUCUGCCUCAGAAGUUUACUGAGCAGCUGAUUCGGGUUUACUGCAAGAGGAUGGACCAGAGGAGCAUUGCUGCAGCCAAGAAGUACUUUGUGCAAUGGUGCAUCAAUAAAGACUUCACCAAGCCUCAGGAUGGGGAUGUGACUGCUCCUGAGCUUACCCCGCUGAAGCACAGCUGGAAUGACAAAGAUGAAGAUGAAGAUAAAGAUGAAGAUGACGAGGAAAAGAGGAAGGGAGUCGAAAAUGCAAAAGUUGCACUCUUCUGAGGAGGGCGUGGUUUUAGUUACUUGUCGUCUUUUAAGAGGAAAGUCAACAGGUCUUAACAUUUUCUUCUGGUGAUUGUCAUAUCUUAGGCCAGGAAUACACAGUAUGACUAGU